AUGGUUUCUUCUUUGAUGCUCAAGCUUCUGGCAGCUGCAGUCAGCGUCUCGGCGUGCACCCUGCCGACGGAUCCUGUAUCCAACAACAUUACCACUGGCUUCGGCAUUCAGGUCCAGAAUCCCGCUGCACCCAUUGUUCACAACCGCUAUAUGAACCUUUGGUCGGCGGGUGGAGGCGACCAGCACCUCUAUCUUAGUCCUGCUGGAGAUGCAGCGUUCAACCUUACUCUUGACAACGGCGUCAUUUCUCGCGGCAUUAUUCAUGCCGUCAUCAAUGGAGAGUACACUGCGGAUGACAACACCACUAAGUUGUUUAUGACGGAACGCGGCGACCCCAAGGCUUACUUUCAGCCUGUCUAUGGUUGCAACCCCGAUACGGAUGCAGUGCAGCUUGAGUUGGACUUUAUAUCAAGGGCUGCCCUUCCAGGUGGCUUCAUUUGUGUGAGAAGUGCGUCCGGCGACAGACACGAGUUCCGCUACUCUCCCCCCGGCAAUACUGCCGUCCGUGAAGACCGUCCUUGCUACGAGGUUACACUGGCCGUGGUCCAAGCCCCAGCUGCCUAG